CAGCUCCAUGAGACUGUGAAAAGAAAGCUUGAUAGUGCUGCUUCCCCUCAGAACGGAGACCAGCAGAAUGGCUAUGGCGAUGUAUUUUCUGUGUCCAAGAAACUGCGUCGUGAUGAUGGUCUUGGUGGAGUGAGUGGUUCUUCCAAUGGAAUGCCUCCUGUGUCUCCACUCCAUCAUCUUGACAAGAAAUCCGGCAGCGGGGAUACGUUACAGCUUAAUGGAAAACAUCCCAUGGGGCUAGAUGGCAUCAGCAAGAAGUGUCUUCCAGAUUCCAGCCUGCAAAUGAAUGGAGGUGGUGAUGCUGAUGACUCAUUUCCUUUGAGUUUGAACAAAGAGCUGAAGCAGGAGCCGGUAGAUGAUCUUCCAUGUAUGAUUGCUGGAGCAGGGGGUUCUAUGUCUCAGAAUAACUUGAUGCCUGAUCUUAAUCUUAAUGAGCAAGAAUGGAAGGAACUUAUUGAGGAGCUUAAUAGAUCAGUACCUGAUGAAGACAUGAAGGAUCUCUUUAAUGAAGACUUCGAAGAGAAAAAAGAUGCGGAUUCUUCAAAUUCAGCUGCACAGACUCCAUUGCCACAAGAUAUUAACAUAAAAACUGAGUUUUCCCCAGCACCCUUUGAACAAGAACAGAUGGGAUCUCCCCAGGUUAGAUCCACUUCAUCAGGUUCGGCAUUUAUUGGUGCUGCUUCUGUACCUGUAAGCACCGCUUCUCCAGCGGUUGGUAGUUCUCAGGCUAUGUUUCAGCCUUCCAGUCAGUCAAUGACUGAAAAUCAUAAUCAACCCAUGAUGCAGGCAUCAAACCACUCUCAGAAUGUCCAGAGGCCUCUCCCCAAUGUGUUGUUACCUGGGAAGGGUGCAGGAAGUGCCAAAGAAAUGUCUUCUGCUCAUCAACUUCAGCAAAUUGCUGCUAAGCAGAAGAGAGACCAGAUGUUGCAGAACCAGCAACAAGCUUCACAAGUCCACCAAACGAAUCAGAUGUCUACAUGGCAACAGUCUGGGCCUUCUCAUAGUCCACUGGCUGUCCCAUAUACCAUGGAAAAUCCCACCAGCCCAUCGGUUUACCAGCCAGACUUCAACAAUCAGAAACUCAUGAUGCCUAAUAUGGGAAAUAAAAGCUCACCGAGAGCUGGAGGCAAUUACCAUGUGAACAUUUUGGGUCAUCAGCAAAACAGCUUGAACCAGAACCCUGUGAAUAGUCAAGGCUCUAUGCUAGACUAUGGGAACACCAAACCCCUUUCACAUUACAAAGCAGAAUGUGAGCAGGGAGUUACGGUACCUGGUCAGAACAAGACUCCCAUGUUGGCAUACAUACAACAGCGCCAGCAGGCACCACUGUCUCAUGUGAGCGAUGACCAGAAUGGGAUGAUCCUGUUGAAACCCAAGUCUGGAAGCAUUGCCUACCGACUACCGCACAGUCAGGAUCAAACCCCUUCUCCUAACGUUCCUCGCGUUCCUGUUUCUGUCCCGGGCCCUGGCGUGGGUGCCCAGGCUCCCAACGUCUCCAUGGCAGGUAACCACAGCAACUCACCUUAUCUCAGCAAUCAGCAGCAAGCAGCAGUGAUGAAGCAACACCAAAUGCUGAUGGACCAGCAGAAGCAGAGGGAGCAGCAACAAAAGCACUUGCUUAUGGAGCAACAGAAGCAGCAAUUCCUAAUGGAGCAGAGACAGCAACAUCUUCUGGCUGAGCAG